AUGUUGCCAAGACGAAAACCAGAGUUCUCUCCAACUUACAACUUGCAACAUCAACACCAUAUUUCAUCUCUCUCUUCCUCACUUCAAACUACCGUGUUACCUAAUGGUUCCAAAACAUCUUCCUCCAAACUCUCCGACCUCAUUCAUUCAUUCGUUCAUCUUAUGCUCUUCUUCUUCUUCCUGCUCCAAAUCAAUUCCAUGAGCAGCCAGCAUCAAGGCUUUUCCCACGCCGCUCAAGCUUUUUCAUCUGCUACACUCAAUUGUACCUUCCUUCCAGCAGUGGGAUCCUCUUCAUCGGCGAUGAGUCCCUACGAGUCUUCCUCACUCUCACCACCUCCUAAAGGCUCAUGCAAAGGUCCUCUUCAUCGAGUCCAAUCUUCACGACUGGUGGCUCCAAAACUCAACUUGGGAUGCCCACUCCAUUUACUUCCCUAUUACAAACCAGGAAGUAUUGAAAUUCAGUGCGGAGAGUGUAUUCCAGGAACGAGUGGUAGUGGUGUUUCUUUCAACUCUCUUCAUUAUCUCCAAUGCAAAGCCAAUGAAUAUUGUAAUGAUGAUGCCAAAUGCACUCCUCUCACGCAACAUCCACUCUAUAUGAAACCGUGUCCUUACGAAAUUUUACUGCACUCACAACAGAGAUCCGAUCUGGAGGGUAUUCCUACUUUUUGUGGUGGUUCUGGAUUGGUAUGUAUUGAACAUGUCUGUCGACCGUGUCGAGAAGGAGAUAUUGAUUACAAUACAGGAGUGAAAUGCAUUUUGGGAGAGUGGAGUUAUGCCUCGUGGGUCGAUUCUACUAUGGAACCUUCACCUCUCAUCUUGUUUGCUCUGAGUGUAAUGACCUUGCUGUAUGUGUUGGUGGUGAAUUUGUUGUGUCGAGGUGGAUUGAAGUUGUCUUCCAAAGUAUUGCAAAAUUAUUCGAGGGAAAAGAGGUUGAAAAAUGUGAUCAAGUUGACCAGUGAAUUUAUCAAGACUUUGGAAAGUGAGGAUCAGCAACAAAAAUUGGAAGAGAAUGAUGAUGGUGACAAUCAGGUAAAGUGA